AUGAAGUCAAAAUUAUCACACACAGCCUCAGAGCACACUGGAGAGAAGUCAUAUCAUCAGUGUUCUGAAUGUGGCAAAAGCUUUUACAUGAAGUCAAAUCUUAUCACACACCAGAGGAUUCACACUGGAGAGAAGUCAUAUCAGUGUUCUGAAUGUGAUAAAGCUUUUACAGUGAAGUCACAUCUUAUCACACACCAGAGGAUUCACACUGGAGAGAAGUCAUAUCAGUGUUCUGAAUGUGAUAAAGCUUUUACACAGAAGUCAGAUCUUAUCACACACCAGAGGGUUCACACUGGAGAGAAGUCAUAUCAGUGUUCUGAAUGUGAUAAAGCUUUUACACAGAAGUCACAUCUUAUCACACACCAGAGGAUUCACACUGGAGAGAAAGAAACAAACUAA